UUAAGUUUGUGCCUUUGUGGUUUCAAUGAUUACUGCAGAAACGAUCACACCAACGCAGAGGGGUGGACAGGAAAAAGGAAAAAAGUUUCCUGCCGGUGGAGCUUAGUAGGAGAAAGCUUCCCAAACUUGUUAAAGUGAUCUUGGAUUGAAACUGGCAUGAAUCCCUUCAACCGGCACCAGCUUCUGCUGCUGACACUGAUCUUGACUUGGGAAGUCAUCUGCAGUCAAUCUUCCACAAAACCAUCACCAGUCACUGGACUUAAUGCAGUAAAGACGACAACAAAUUCGUUAACAAUUGAAUGGAUAAAGCCAAAUGAUACAAGAGCCGUUAACUAUACCUACAGAAUUACAGUCACUAAUGUGAUGGACAAUGUCAUUUGGAUCAACUACACAAAAAAAGGCGAGACAAAUUUCACACUGACAGGCCUGAAUCCUGGAGUUCAAUACAGGCUGUCGGUGCAGUCAGAAACUCCGGAGAGCACACUGAGCUCUCCUGAGAGGGUGAUAAUCACCACAAAUCCAUCACCAGUCACCGGACUGUCUAUGGUAACCAGGACCACAAAUUCAUUGACAAUUCAAUGGACAAAGCCAACUGAUACAAGAGCCUCUUGCUAUACUUACAAAGUCAUAGUCACUACUCUUACGAAUGCUCCCAUUGAUAACGGAACCACAAAUAAAAGUGAGACAACAUUCACAGCGACAGGCCUGCAUCCUGGAGAUCAGUACAAACUAUCGGUGCGGUCAGUAACUCUGAAUAACACACAGAGCUCUGCUGAGGAGGUGACAGGCACCACAAAUCCAUUACCAGUCACCAGACUGUCUGUGGUAAACAGGACAACAAAUUCAUUGACAAUUGUAUGGACAAAGCCAACUGAUACAAGAGCCUCUGACUAUACCUACAAAAUUACAGUCUCUAAUGUGAUGAAUAAUAACAGUCAGAUCAACAACACAAAAAUAGACGAGACAAUGUUCACAGUGACAGGUCUGGAUCCUGGAGAUCAAUACGAUCUGUCAGUGCAGUCAGUAACUCCAGAGGACACACUGAGCUCUCCUGAGGAGGUGAUAAACACCACGGUUCCUGAUACUAUUUCCAACUUCCGCUGCACUGGGAGCACAGGAUACACGAUCGGGGUGGAGUGGAACGAACCAAAGGGCAAGUUCACCAGUUUCAAAGCCAUUACAUACAUCGGUGACCGACUAUUGAUUAAUCGUACCAUUGGGAAGGACGAGAAUGCGCUGAGAGUUGUUAAUCUUCAGCCUGGACGCAAGUACACAAUCGAAAUCACCACGGUGAGCGGGCAGACAUACAGCAAGCAGGAGAUCAAGGAAUGCUGGACCAGCUCAGAGCCCAUUAUCAUUGGAGCGACUGUGGGCCCUCUGCUGGGUCUGAUCCUAAUUGGAGUAUUACUGUUCUUCUAUAGAGUCAGAUUUCGGAGGAUGAAUCGUGAGUCAGAAUUUUUAUCAACGAUUGCCCUUUCUUCAGCAUACAAGCCCAUCCCCGUGAGUGAAUACAAGAGCUACGUGCUGUGCAACAAAAACAUUGGCUUUUCUAGCGAAUAUCGGGGUUACAAUCGCAAAAAGGCAUUCAUUGCUACACAGGGACCCCUGCCGGAUACAGUGGUAGACUUCUGGCAAAUGAUUUGGGAGCAGAAGUCAGAGGUCAUUGUGAUGCUGACCAAAUGUGUGGAGCACAAUCAGGACAAAUGCGAAGAAUACUGGCCAAAGGAUAACGACACUGACAUCUACGGAGACUUCACAGUGAAUGUCAUUUCACUAAGCCGCUGCCCUACUUGGACAAUCAGGGAACUUAAUAUCAAAAAGGCUGGAUCCUCAGAGUCACGUAGAGUCACCCAGUUCCAAUUCACUUGCUGGUCAAACCAGAGUAUUCCUAAGACCACAGAGAACCUGCUGCAGUUCCACGGGAUGAUCCGGAAUUACCUCAACAAAGGUCAGGGAGGAGUUCCUGUCGUACAUUGUAGCUCUGGUUCAGGACGGACUGGCACUUUCAUAGCCCUUGACUAUAUCCUGCAACAGGUAGAAAAGGAGGCAGUGGUUGAUGUCCAUGGGGUCAUCAGUAAAAUUAGGAUGAAUCGGUCGUCCAUGGUCCAGUCUGAGGCUCUGUAUACCUUCCUACACCAGUGCAUUCUGGACAUAAUUGAAAGGAAAUGGAACAUUGAGCACACCUAUCCAAAUGACACAGGCCACUUCUAUGAAAGCAUCAAAGACAAGAGUGAAUAUCAAGUUGUUGUUUAAGAGUUGUCGGACUGUUCCAUCCAGUCGCGUUGCCAUGGAUACACGUUGCACCCUGCCUGUAAGCGUGCUUGUGUUUAUUUUCUCCCUCUUUUCUAGCAUCACUGACCCUGUGGAGACUGCACUGAGAUCAGCAGACUGUUAGAUUAGCUCCAUUUCUCACAUGCACGUCGAAACCCACAGUGAACUGCGUCACUUGCGCCAAAUUAAAUCAGCGUGGACUGUGCUGGGGGCAGCCCGCAAGUGUCACCAACAUAUCAUGUCCUCAAUUCACUAACCCAAUCUCUAACCGGUACAUCUUUGGAAUAUGAGACCCAGAGCACCUGUAACAAAGCCCUCACAUACAAGGGAGAACGUACAAACUCCUUAGCGAUAACAGUGGGAAUCAAACCCCCAUUGUUGAUUUCUGGCACUGUACUGUAAUAAUACUAUAAAACGGUAAAAUAUAAGAGCUGAAUUAGGCCAUUUGGCCCAUUGAAUCUGCUCCGCCAUUUCAUCCUGGCAGAUCCAAUGGUCCUCUCAGUCCCCGUCUCCUGCCUUCUCCCCGUAUCCCUUCAUGCCCUGACUAAUCAAGAAUCUAUCAACCUCUGCCCUAACUAUACAUAAAGACUUGACCUCCUCAACUGCCUGUGGCAAUGAAUUCCACAGAUUCACCACUAUCUGGCUAAAGAAAUUCCUCCUCAUCUCCAUUUCAUUGGCUUUGUAUCUGUACUCGGCACAAUGACAAUAAAGUUGAAUCUAAUCUAAUCUAAAAGGACAACUCUCUAUUCUGAGUCUAUGUCCUCUGGUCUUAAAUUCUCCCAUCAUUAGAAAUAUCCCCUCCACCUGCACUCUAUCAAGGUUGUUCACCAUCUGAUAGGUUUCAAUGAGGUCACCCCUCAUUCUUCUAAAUUCUAGUGAAUACGGACCCAGAGCCAUCAAAUGUUGCUGCGAUAUCAUUUUUCCAAUUUUUUUGUAAUCAUUAGGGUACCAUUACUGCGCAGUUAACUGCAUCCAAACUCUCCAAAUCACCGUCUGUGCAUUCUACCUCUGGUUCACUAUCCACUCCAGUGCAUCGGUGUCUGUCUCGGUGUUUGCAUAUAUCUCCAUGUGCAUCAGACUACCCCCGGUGUCUCUGCCUGCUUUAUUAUCUCUGUCUGUAUCUCACACUGUUUCCACCAACCCUUCAAUGUCUGUCUCACUGUCCAUACAUGACUCACUGGUCUGUCUACAUCAAACCCCCUUUGUCUACAUCAGACUCCCUCUGUCUAUGUGUCUGUCCUGUGUUUUGUCUCUAUCCAACUUUCUCUUUAAAUUUUUUUUACCGCUGUGUGGACCAAUCAUUGCUCUGAGCAGGAAAUUUUUGCACAGUCUGAAAACUGAGUGGCACUUUAAAUGGCUUUUUUUGUAAUGUGAAUAUUUAGAACGAAAAUUGAAAAAUCACAUACUUAUGAUUUUAUGUAUUAAUUGAAGGGUAUAUUGAAAUACAGUACAGCAAAGCAAAUCGUUCACAUUUUGUAAGCUUUUUCUCAUCUCUGUUAGAGUGCUUUUUGGGUUUAGCACAUAUAGCAAAUAGCUGUUUGUUCUUUCCAUUUUUUUACCUCUCUCUCUACCCUCCCACUCCCCGCCUCCCUUCCCACUCCAUCCUCCCCCUCUCCCUCCUCACCCUCCAAAAGAUAGUCAGCUUAUUUGUGAGUGUGUGCAUCAAAUAAAAAGACUACUGU